AUGUUAGUAGAAACACAAAAUAACCGAAUAACCGGUUCUAUACCUUCUACUUACCCUUUUCCACAAAGUGACAUCUACAUUGGAGAAUCCGCCAUUGGUGGAUUCGUCUGUGUCAAACCUUAUAAAGACCCUUCAGACGACAAGACCGUUUACUGCCCUAUGAGCGGGAGGCCUCUGAAGAUGAAAGACUUGGUUACUGUGAAGUUCACUCUGGUAGAUGCGGCGGUGGAUCGCGUGGGUCUCAUAAAUCGGCAGGACCGAUACGUGUGUGCAGUGACACGAGACAUGCUGGGGAACUCUGUACCAUGUGCCGUCCUGCGGCCCUCAGGAGCGGUCGUUACACUGGAAUGUGUAGAGAAACUCCUCAAAAAAGAUAUGACUGAUCCGGUCAGUGGAGACAAGCUGAGUGAGAAGGACAUCAUUGUGUUACAAAGGGGUGGGACAGGGUUUUCCGGGUCUGGAGUACAGCUGGAAGCCAAAGAAGCUCGGCCAGUUAUGCAGGCGUGAUCCCGGAUAAUCUGUACGUCUACAGCCAGUUCCUCUCUGUUUCCUCUGUCACUCGUGUACCAAUCCUCAUUCUUCAGACAGGAUUUACACGUUGCUUUUCUUGUCCAGAAAUGGAUGGAGACCCAUGUACCCUGAAAACAAACAAGCAAGGAAGAAUGGUCACAUUUCUGUUUUCUGUGUGGGCUUAUUUUUGCACUAUUACGUUAUGAUGAUGGAAAGUGUCUGAUUGCACCAUCUCUGUGCUUCGUCCCCUUAUUGCAUGUAUUGGGGCAGAUGUAAAAACCUGGAGAAGGCAUAAGGAAGUGAUAAAC